CUGUCUCAUUCUUCCAGGGCCCCCUUCUAACGACAAAGCGGCAGAGAGCAGGCUGUGGCAUGGACCAGCGCGGGCUCCCUCCUCCCGCUCCUGAAGAAAGUGAAGUGAAGUGUGAUACCAACAACAACGAGGAGGACGAGGGAGAACAGUUCGAUUUCGACAGUGGAGACGAAAUCCCGGAAGCUGAUAGAGAAGCCGCCUCUGCGCCCGAGGGCCUCGAGGCCGCCGGUGAAGGGUCCUUGCCCACAGGAGGGGAAGAUGGACGUGGAGCAGACAGCAUCACAGCGGCAGAACCACCCAAACUCGUGGCCCCAGUGAAAGUGAACCCAUAUUCUGUCAUUGACAUCACUCCGUUCCAGGAAGAUCCACCACCAACCGCGGACUGCGGUGCAGAGGAGGAGGGUGUGGGUCUGCUUGUGCCCAGCGGGUACUCGGUGCCUGUGCCCUGUGGCUAUGCUGUCCCCUCGAGCCUGCCCCUGCUGCUGCCCGCCUACUCCAGCCCGGUCAUCGUGCGCACCACAUCGCUGGAUGAGGAAGCAGAGACACUGGAAGUCACAGAAGAUCACCAGUUUAAUUCUUUAAGCUCUGAGGACCCUGCAAACAGUGAAGAUCAAGUCAAUAAAGAAGACAGCGCCCUGGCCCGCUGGGUCGCGGAUCCUGCCAACACAGCCUGGAUGGAGAAUCCUGAAGAAGCCAUUUAUGAUGAUGUUCCAAGGGAAAAUUCAGACUCUGAACCAGAUGAAAUGAUUUAUGAUGAUGUUGAGAACGGAGAAGAAGGCGGAAACAGCUCCCUGGAAUAUGGGUGGAGUUCAAGUGAAUUUGAAAGUUACGAAGAGCAGAGUGACUCCGAGUGCAGGAAUGGGGUUCCCAGGUCCUUCCUGCGCAGCAGUCACAAAAAGCAGCUGUCCCAUGACCUAAGCCGUCUAAAGGAGCACUAUGAGAGAAAGAUGAGGGGCUUGGUGGCCAGCACAGUGGGCGCCGUGGAGGUGCAGCAGCUGAGGCAGAAGCACGAGCUGAAGAUGCAAAAGCUCAUGAAGGCUGCAAGGGAAGGAACCAAGGACGGGCUCGAAAAAACCAAAGCAGCUGUAAAGAGGGGCCGCUCAUACAUCAGGACUAAGUCUCUCAUUUCUCAAGAUCAUAGAGCUUGUCCUGAGGAAGAGCAGAAUUUAUUCAUCGAUGUUGACUGCAAGCACCCAGAAGCUGUCUUGACGCCGAUGCCUGAGGGUUUAUCUCAGCAGCAGGUUGUAAGAAGGUGUAUCCUGGGUGCAGUUGUCGACAGUGAAAAGAACUACGUGGAUGCCCUGAAGAGGAUUUUGGAGCACUAUGAGAAACCGCUGUCUGAGAUGGAGCCCAAGGUUCUGAGCGAGAGGAAGCUGAAGGUGGUGUUCCACCGCGUCAAAGAGAUCCUGCAGUGCCACUCCAUGUUCCAGAUCGCGCUGGCCAGCCGCGUGUCCGAGUGGGACUCCGUGGAAAUGAUCGGUGAUGUCUUUGUGGCUUCGUUUUCUAAAUCCAUGGUCCUUGAUGCUUACAGCGAAUAUGUGAACAAUUUUAGCACCGCUGUGGCAGUCCUCAAGAAAACAUGUGCUACGAAGCCUGCUUUUCUUGAAUUUUUAAAGCAGCGCCAAGAGGCCAGUCCUGACCGGGUCACUCUCUACAGCUUGAUGACAAGGCCUGUGCAGAGGUUCCCGCAGUUCAUCCUCCUGCUCCAGGACAUGCUGAAGAACACACCCCGAGGACAUCCUGACAGACUGCCUCUUCAGAUGGCUCUGACAGAGCUGGAAACAUUAGCAGAGAAAUUAAAUGAAAGAAAAAGAGAUGCUGAUCAACGCUGUGAAAUUAAACAAAUAGCAAAAGCCAUUAACGAAAAAUACCUGAACAAGCUUCUCAGCAGUGGAAACCGAUACCUCAUUCGAUCUGAUGAUAUGAUAGAAACGGUUUACAACGACAGGGGAGAGAUCACUAAAACCAAAGAACGCCGCGUCUUCAUGUUAAACGAUGUGCUGAUGUGUGCCACGGUCAGCUCGCGCACCUUGCAUGAGAGCAACGCGAUCACCAGCCAAAGGUACUUACUAAAGUGGAGCGUUCCCCUUGGGCACGUGGAAGUGAUAGAAUACGGCAAUAAUCAGGGAACUGGGGAGCACGGCAGGUACCCCAUCGUGCACGCACCCGAGAGUCUGGCAGUGGUUGCUAACGUGAAGCCACACAAAGUUUACAUGGGGCCAGGACAACUGUAUCAAGAUUUGCAGAACUUGUUGCAUGACUUAAAUGUCAUUGGCCAAAUCAGUCAACUGAUAGGAAACCUUAAAGGAAACUAUCAGAACUUAAACCAGUCAGUAGCCCAUGAUUGGACAUCAGGUUUACAAAGACUUAUUUUGAAGAAAGAAGAGGAAAUCAGAGCUGCGGACUGUUGCAGAAUUCAGUUACAGCUCCCGGGGAAACAGGACAAGUCCGGGCGGCCGACCUUCUUCACUGCUGUGUUCAACACCUUCACCCCGGCCAUCAAGGAGUCCUGGACCAGCAGCUUGCAGAUGGCCAAGCUGGCCCUCGAAGAGGAGAACCAUCUGGGCUGGUUCUGUGUGGAAGAUGACGGGAAUCAAAUUAAAAAGGAGAAGCACCCUCUCCUCGUUGGACACAUGCCCGUGAUGGUGGCAAAGCAGCAGGAGUUCAAGAUUGAAUGUGCUGCUUACAACCCUGAACCCUGCCUGAGUAAUGAGACGCAGCCAGACUCAUUCUCCGCAGUGCACGGUUUCCUGUGGAUUGGAAGUUGUACCCACCAAAUGGGCCAGAUCGCCAUUGUCUCGUUUCAAAAUUCCAACCCUAAAGUCAUCGAGUGCUUCAAUGUGGAGUCUCGCAUCCUGUCCAUGGUGCACAUCCCCGCCGAGGAGAAGCACCGAGAGCCCAGCACAGCCCCGGAGCCCGCAGCCGCCUCCUCCGGGAGAGCUGGCGACACCCCCACUGUCUGUGUCGGGGCAGAGGAGGGAAGCAUUUCUGUUUAUAAAAGCAGUCAAGGCUCCAAGAAGGUGAGACUUCAGCACUUCUUCACUCCCGAGAGGUCCACAGUCAUGAGCCUGGCAGGCUCACCGCGGAGCCUGUAUGCGGGCCUGGUGGACGGGGCGGUGGCCAGCUAUGCCAGAGCCGAAGAUGGAUCCUGGAAUUCUGAACCUCAAAAGGUGGUAAAACUAGGCGUCCUACCAGUCAGAAGUCUACUCAUGAUGGAAGACACCUUGUGGGCGGCUUCUGGAGGCCAAGUUUUUGUCAUUAGCUUGGAGACGCAUGCUGUGGAGAACCAGCUGGAGGCGCACCAUGAGGAGGGCAUGGUCAUCUCACACAUGGCUGUGGCUGGUGUGGGGAUCUGGAUCGCUUUCACCUCGGGCUCCACACUCCGCCUCUUCCACACAGAGACACUGGAGCACCUGCAGGACGUCAACAUCGCUGCCCCGGUGCACAGUCUGCUGCCAGGGCACCAGCGCCUGUCGGUGACCAGCCUGCUCGUGGGGCACGGAUUGCUGAUGGUCGGCACCAGCUUGGGCGUCCUGGUGGCCUUGCCGGUUCCCCGUCUGCAAGGCAUCCCCAAGGUGACCGGGAGAGGCAUGGUCUCCUACCAUGCACACAAUGGGCCUGUCAAGUUCAUCAUCUUGGCCACGGCUUUGCAGGAGAAAGACAAGGACAGGUCUGGGGACAACAUGGCUCUUGGCCCUGAGGCCCUGGAGGACGACCAGAAGGACGGGCUUCCCAGCGAGGGGGCUGGUUCCCGCCUGAGCCAGGGUGACCCUGACACAGCCAUCUGGUUGGGAGAUGCUCCCGGAUCGCUGACCCAGAAGAGCGACAUGUCCUCCUCAUCAGGUUCCCUGAGUCUGUCUCAGGGCUCCAGCUCUCAGGAGCACAGGCUGGAGGAUAGUGCCAUCUACGAUCUCCUGAAGGACCCCAUGUCGCUAAGAAGCAGAGGCCGGAGGGCCAAGAAAGUCAGGGCCAGCUCAGCACUGGUGGUGUGUGGCGGCCAGGGCCACCGGCGGGUACCCCGGAGGGCUAGGCAGUCCCACCCGGAGGAGCUGGUAGCCUCCGUCAUGGUCUGGCAGGUCCCCUGCUGAGCACAAGGUGGGAAUUUGCAAUUCCAGGGUGACUUCUCAGCUAAGUCCCAUGGCAUGAGUGCACACCGUGUCUACACUGGGUCGGAGUAAAUUAAAAACAGUAUUUGAGGAGAAAUGUGCAAUACCGAGGUGGUGGCUUUCCUGCCGCUCCCUCCUUCUCUUCCACAGAGCAGAAGUGAACGUGGUGCUUCUGGAGGGAGAAGAGGGAGGCAAGUUCUGAGUCAUCCGGUGAAGUUCUGGGAAAAUACCACGUUCUGUGUGACUGCUGCGGCCCGUGUUUAAUACUGAAUGUUAAACUGCCGCUUCAGACCCAUUCUUGUAUCAUAUCACUUAGAAAAUUUACAAACUAAGAACUUAGGAGAAAGUCAGCGUAUUCGGUAGUAUAGGGACUUGUUAACAAUUCAUUAAAUAAUUUUACAUGAUUCAAAAUUAUUUA